CCUGCCUGGAAUGCAGUACGACUCAGAAUGGGAGGGAACAUGCGAAUGUAAAGACACUGUCUGAACCAUUUUCUGUGUUUUACAGCUUAGUCCAAGCAAGAACAUCAAGAUGGCACGGAGCAAAGCUGCCGGCACCUCCGGAGCUGCCACGCGCAGACGCUGGUGGCAUUUGAGACAGCGGUGGAGGAUGCUCGGGGUGUUUGAGAUCAACCCCGAGCACGAGUUCUACCAUCUGACAGCCAUGAUAAAAGAAGGCAUACAUGCCUCCAUUCAGACCACUGUGGACACACCAGGCCAGGACACACUCACAGCUGAACAUUUCAAGGCAGAGGAGACUCAAAGCCAUGAGGGGUUUGAGAUGCAGACGUAUGCAGCGUCAGUGUUUGCUAAACUGAGGCGUUCACUGGAUAUCACAGAGGAGGAAUAUAUGAACUCCCUCUGCUCAGGCAGCUGCUACCUCCAGUUUGUCAGCAACUCCAAGAGCAAGGCAGAUUUCUUUGUCACGAAUGACAAGAGGUUCUUCCUAAAGACCCAGAGCAGGCGUGAGGUCACGUUUCUCCUGUCCAAUCUGCAGGCAUACAUGGACCACUUGGAGAAAUACCCUCAUUCACUGUUGGUGAGGUUUCUUGGUGUCCACAGGAUUGUUAUUCCAAAUGAAAUAAAGAAGUACUUCAUUGUGAUGCAGAGUGUGUUUUACCCUGAUGAGAGGAUCAAUAUUAGAUAUGACAUAAAAGGCUGUGAGGUGGGAAGAUGGACUAACCCUGACACCGGGGGGAAACAAAUAAUAAAAGUGCUGAAGGACAAUAACUUUGAAGGACAGUCCAUUGUAUUAGAUCGAGAGAAAUCCUGGUUUGCCAGUCAAGUGAAAAUGGAUGCUGCCUUCCUUAAAGAGCUGAAUGUGCUGGACUACAGUCUGCUGCUGGCCCAUCAGCCUCUGCACCGAGAUGAGCUCGAAGGGAAACACUCCCUGGCAAACCUUGUUAUCCGCACCACAAAGUCUAUGGACUUUGAUGGCAGUCCCACAGGGUCAGACCCCCCCACCAUUCCAUUACUGGAAGAGGCCAGGGGUGAGGUGGUACCAGAUACUGCAGAUUGUGGAUCAUGCAAGCCACAGGCAGCAGCUGAGGGCUCUGGUGAAGGGAUCCCCCUACAGGAGAUAAACUGCGCUGGGAAUGAAACCAGGGCCGACUCAGAGCUACAGGAGUUCCAUGAGCAUCAUUGUAGGCUACUGCCCAACUGCAAAAAUGCUGUUCAUGUCAUAGAUGGGCCAGAUCGUCGCUACUUUGUGGGCAUCAUAGACAUUUUUACUGUCUAUGGUUGGAAGAAAAGACUGGAGAACCUGUGGAAAAGCCUCCGCUACCCUGGCAGGGCCUUUUCCACGGUCAGCCCCACCAAAUAUUCAAACAGGUUCUGUCAGUGGAUGCAGGACCACACUCAGUGAAAUACAUUCAUCACUGACAUAUUCUACAUAGCACUUGCUGUAUAACCCCCAGUGUCCACUAGAUGGGGCUGUGUCACACUCUGGCUCUGUCUCAGCUGCCAGAGAUCUGCUGUCCUGCCAAGUCUGGGAUACGAGUCCAUAUGUGUCAAUAUGCUGUUGACACGUGUUGAUGCUGAUUGAGAAUUUCUUCAUGUUUGGAUAGAAGUUGUAGUCUUGUAUGCAAAUUCAGAGCUGGGCAAUAUAUGUAGUCAAAUGCCCAGGGUGCCAGGGUACUGGAGGGGAAAAUGAAUACAAUGAAUAAAUGAAUACAUGGACAAAUAACUGAUACAAAUACAGAAAAACAAUGCUGUGAUAUGUGCAGAUUGUGGAGGUCACAGCAGCUCCCAUGCUGUUCGAGGAUUAUGUUCACUUGGAUUUCCACCUGUUCAGACCAUCCUUUAAGGUCUCUCAUUUAUAGGACAAAGUUCAUUGUAUGAUGUGCUUUAUGUAGCUGCUGAAUCAGUAAAUACUCAGUAAAAAAGUCUAUCAGAUGUCAUAAAAAGGCUAGAACAACUUUAAGGUUUUUUAACCUACUGUAUAUGCAAUUAUACUUUUGAUAUAGCUAUAACUUCAGAGUAAAUAAAAGUUACAUUGCAGGAGGGUAAAGAUAUUCUGUGAUUAUGACUAAGAAGUGUCUUAGGAAUGCUAACAUAAAGAAAUGGCUGAAGGCACCAGUUAGUGCUGUGUUAAAUCAUUAAAUCAUCUUUUUCAGUAGAUUUACUUAUUGGACUUGGUCCUUCAUCACAAAAGGGCCUUUUUUAACUUUACUUACUUACUUGACCUUUUUACUUUGUUUUGUUGUGGACUGAUAAAGGUUCAUAAGUAAAGACAAAAGAACUCCUGAUCUUUGCUCCUAGGAGGUACUUGUAGCUACAAUAAUAAUAUUGUUGACUUUCAGUGUGUGUGUGUGUGUGUGUGUGUGUGUAUGUGUGUGUGCGCGCGCGCACAUUAUUUGAUAUGCUUUUGACAGUUUCAACCACCACACUCACAUGAGGAUUGAAACAGUCAAAAACUGAUGUAUCUGUAAUUUUUUUCACAGAUAAAAUUGAAAAGAUUAGGCAAACUAUCAGUGCUUCACUGAAGUUAACUAACAAGCCUCAGCCUCACUCGAAAUAAUGUGGUAAAGAUGAGUCAUUUUAGUGUCAUAAACUCUUGAAGAAAUAGUUUGACAUCUCAGAUCCAUCAUGCACUGCCUUGAUUGGAGUUAAAAAUUAUUUUUUUUAGAAUAGGUUUUCAUUCUUUAGUGUAAUAAUACUGUUUUGAGGACUAUGGAAGCUUUACAUUAUAUUUGUAUGUUGCUGCUCUGUUGUGUUGUGAUUGGUAGAUCUACCUACCUAGACCCACCCCCUGCACCUACAGUUUCAGACCUCGUCUUCAGGUUCCAGCUGGUAUCAGCCCAACCACCUAAACACACUUGCUAAAUAUUGCUUUGUUUUUAAUUUUAGUGGUACACUUUUUUUUUAAUUUAUUUAUUAGAUGUUGUAUUUGAUUGCCUUCUGAGUGUCUCGACAUUGUGUGUUAUUACUGUUUUUACUGCUGCAAGGCUAAUUGCCCCUCAGGGAACAAAUAAAGUUCAA